AUGGCGCCACUCCUUCCUAGGUUUGUUGUGUUGAAAGCAAACAAUAACAAGUAUUUGCGCUGCAUUACUAAAGAAGCCAAGUCGCGGAAUCUGAUUAAAUGCGACGAAGUGUAUAUUUGGAGUCCCGUAUCCAAGUUCAAAAUAGAGAAAGCCAAGAGCAACCGAGAUUUAGUCCAUAUAAGAUGCUGCUACAACAACAAAUACCUUCGACGCCGCGAUGAAGGCGCAUCAGUUGUGGGCGCAACAGCUUCUGCAGCCGACGAAGACCAAUCGAAAUGGUCAUGCACGCUCUUCGACCCCCUCCCCGUGGAUGACAAAACCUAUCGCUUUCGCCAUGUCCAAAGCGGCUAUAAUCUCUACCAGAAGCGAUCAAAUGAUGACUAUAACGGUUGCUUAUUUAUCGCGACGUCCAAUGAUGACGCCAGUGGAAGCGAUCUCUUCUCAAUCACCGACUGGGAAUCACUUGUCAUACUGCCUAGACAUGUGGUAUUCAAGGGAGACAACGGCAAGUAUUUACGCUACCGCGGUACUGAUGGCGAUGAUCAUAUGGAGUUUGAGUGUGAUGAUAUUGGUUCUAUAAAACUUACCAACGAAACUGUUAUCAGUUUUGAAGGAAACGUCUGCUUUAGGCUGGAUUACAACAACAAAUUCUGGGAGGCAACUCCAAAUUGGAUAUAUCCAAUCUCAGAAAAACCAACGACAUGGUUUAAACCGGUGAAGCUUGCGCCAGUUUCUGGCAAAGAAAAUAUUAUUGCUCUCAAGAGUUUGGGCAAUGACAAAUUUUGCCGUCGAACCGAAUACGAGAACACGGUAAAUUGUCUGGCAGCUGCAUCCUGGGCCUCUACCAUAGACAAAGAGGCGAACCUGCAAGUGGAAGAGCCGAUACUGAACAGGGAAGUUUACGAUGUGAGUUUCCGUCUGGAUGACCUGAGGGUAUACAAGGAGCAACUUCUAGUUCUGGCAUCGGAUGAAACCACCAACAUGACUGAUACCCAAAUUAAGGACUCUGAACUGAGUUUGACGUAUGAAGACACGAAAACUAGCUGCUUCGCGAAUAGCCUCUCCGUAAACACUAGUACUGAAAUGGGAUUCGAGGCCAGCAUUCCGCUGCUUGAAGGUAUAUUAUCCCUUGGAGUGUCGUCUAGCUAUUCUAUCGAGUACGGAGAGACAUACUCAUGGGCGGAGACAAAGAGUAAGACCAACACACUGUCUGCUGUCAUUAAAGUUGUAGUGCCUCCGAAGACGAGAGUGAAAGUAGAUUUGGUGGCCACCAAGGGAUUCUGCGAUGUUCCCUUUUCUUAUGCUCAACGCGACACUCUUACCAGUGGCCAACAGUUUACUUAUAUUAAGGACGACGGGGUUUAUACCGGCAGCAACUACUUUGGAUUCAACUUUGUGGUUAAGGAGGAGCCACUCGCCGGCUGA